AAGGCCGGGUGAGUUGGAUCAAUUGCCACAACGUUCAACUGACUCAUAAAUCAUAAUAAUAGUCGCCAUUUUCCCCUUCCAUUCAUUUAAAUAAAAUCAGCGAUUAACAAACAAUCUUCAUACUUGAUGCUCAUACUUCCAAGAUUUAGAAGAGAUUGAGAAACAAAGAUCAUCUCUUUAAUCAACUAUGUUGGGGGAUGAAAGAAAAUGGUAAUAUGUCUAAUGCAGAAUAAAGAAGCAUCACUUGGAAGUAAGAAGAAGCAUGUGCUCCUUUUAGCUUAUCAGAGUCUUGGAAUAGUUUAUGGAGACUUGAUUAUUUCUCCUCUUUAUGUCUAUGACAAUGCCUUCUCCGGAUCAUUGCAUCAUCAUCAAACCGAGGAAGUCAUAUUUGGUGUGUUAUCAUUGAUCUUUUGGAGCCUCACUGUUUUCUCCUUGUUCAAGUAUGUCGUCAUUAUUCUAAGUGCAAAUGAUAAUGGCGAAGGAGGUACUUUGGCUUUGUACUCUAUUCUACGCAGACAUGCGAAAUUCAAUCUACUCCCAAAUCAUCAAGCAGCAGAUGAGGAGCUUCAAGCAUAUCAUAGGCCUGGCUAUGUAACAAGAUCCACCCGAUUCCGGAUAUUCCUUGAGAAACACAAACAUUAUAGAACUUGUUUACUUCUUAUUGUUCUAUUUGCAGCCUGCAUGGUCAUAAGUGAUGGUGUGUUUAGUCCGGCUCUUUCUGUUUUGUCAUCAUUCCAGGGGCUCAAAGUUCAUAACAAGAGCCUAAAUCAUGGUAAUAUGGCGACUAUUGUCUGCAUGGUUCUGGUUGGCCUCUUUGCUUUACAACACCGAGGUACCCAUAAAGUCUCGUUCAUGUUUGCUCCCGUUGUAAUCGUUUGGUUGUUAUCCAUUGCUGCUCUUGGGAUCUAUAACAUUUUAAAAUGGAAUCAUGGAGUCUACCGAGCUCUUUCUCCAUAUUAUAUCUACAAAUUCUUUAAGCAAACUCAGAAAGUUGGCUGGAGUUCCAUAGGAGGCUUACUUUUGUGCAUCACAGGUUCAGAGGCUAUGUUUGUGGACCUUGGCCACUUCUCAACUGCAUCAAUCAGGAUUGCUUUUUCUUGCCUGGUUUACCCUUGUUUAGUUCUUCAGUACAUGGGGCAAGCAGCGUUUCUUUCAAAAAACUUCUCUGUUGUUACAUCAAGUUUUUAUAAUUCCAUCCCAGAUCCCUUUUUUUGGCCAAUGUUUGUACUAGCAAUUCUGGCUGCAUUUACGGCUAGUCAAGCUGUCAUAUCCAUGACAUUUUCAAUAGUGAAACAAUGCCAAGCACUAGGGUGUUUCCCUCGCGUCAAGGUGGUCCACACAACAAGAUGGAUUCGAGGUCAGGUUUACAUCCCGGAACUAAAUUGGAUACUUAUGAUCCUCAGUAUGGCUGUUGCUAUUGGAUUUCAAGACACAACUCUCAUAGGCAAUGCAUAUGGGCUAGCCUUCAUGAGUACAACUCUAGUUAAUACAUGGUUGCUAUCACUUGUAAUCAUUUUCGUAUGGUCGCACAACAUUGUGACCGCGUUACUACCAUUGUUGCUGUUUACACCAAUUGAGUUGAUCUACCUCUCAUCAUACUUUGUGAAACUAUCUAAAGGCGGGUUGGCUCAGCUUGUUUUCACAACGCUCUUCAUGUUUGUUAUGUAUGUUUGGAACUAUGGCAGCAGACGCAAGUACUUGCUCGAAGUGCAGAAUAAGGUGCCUAUGAAAUGGAUCCUUGGAUUAGGCCCUAGCCUCGGUGUUGUAAGAGUUCCCGGUAUUAGCCUCAUCUACACUGAAUUAGUCAGCGGAGUUCCUGCCAUUUUCACCCAGUUUCUAACGAACUUACCUGCCAUUAACCAAACUGUGGUUUUUGUCUGCAUCAAAUCAAUUCCUGUACCUCAUGUCUCUGACAGAGACCGGUAUCUUGUUGGCCGAGUUGGGCCUAAAUCUUAUCGUAUGUACCGUUGUAUCAUACGUUAUGGUUAUCAAGAUGUUGAUAAAUAUGUUGAUGACUUUGAAGACAACCUUGUUAUGAGCAUUACAGAGUUCAUUAGAAUGGAAGCAGAAGGUUGUAGAACAUCCGAUGAACUGAUUGAUGCUCGGAUGGCUGUCGUAAGAACUUCUGGCAAGUUCGGGACAAGAUUAGUGACAUCUGAUAGCAGUUCCGCGAAUAAGGGCAUAACUUCAAGAUACAAAAGAAGUUGCAGUAUGGGAAAGUCAUCAACUUUGCAUAGUUUACAUAACAAAUAUGAAGUGGAAGAAUCACCAGAAUUCAGUCAGAGACAUACCAGGUUUCAGUUACCAGGUGAUGAAUAUUUAGAGGAGGAAUUAAAGGAAGAAUUGAUAGAGCUUUUGGAAGCUAAGGAAGCUGGGAUUGCAUAUAUAGUUGGACAUUCAUUUAUAAGAGCACGACGACAUUCAUCUAAGCUCAAAAGAUUUGUAAUAAAUAGGGCUUUUUCUUUCUUAAGGAAGAAUUGUCGUUCUUCAGCUGUGGUUCUACAUAUUCCACAUAUUAGUUUGAUUCAGGUGGGUGUGGUUUAUUAUAUAUAGUACAGUAGUACUUAUGUACCUUCCUAUUCCUUAAUUCAAACUUCAAAGGUGGUUAACUCAAGUGUUUUUCAUUGA